AUGCUUGAUGGGUCAAGCCCCCAGGCUGGAAAGAUUUGGAAGAAGGCUCAUCUAACCUUCCUAAAUGAUGGCAAACGCAUGACGGAAACUUUCCUGAUUUGCAACACCAGGUCACACGCUGCCAUCUUAGGAAUCAAAUGGUUGGAAACGCACAACCCCAAAAUCAAUUGGAACUCACAAACCCUCUCCUUCCCUCACAAUCCACCAGAACACGUGGCCAUUGCCAAAGAGGAAGAAGCUGAUCCAAACCCCUUAGAAGGAGUACCCUCCGAGUACCACCAAUACGCCAAGGUAUUUGGAGAAGAAGAAUUCAAUAAGCUUCCUCCCCACAGGCAUUACAACAUUGGGAUUGAACUCACAGAGGAGGGACCCCUCAACUUGCCUCUUUACUGUUAUGGAUAUGACAUUUCUCCUUUAAUCUGUACUUAUUUUAUUAAUUACACUAGUAAUCUUACAGUAAACAAAUGA